GUCCGGGUCAGACCGGGCGGCGCGCUGGGCGCGAUGGGGCUGCUGCUGGGGCUGCUGCUGGGGCUGCGGCUCUGCGCGCUGGCCGGGGCCGCCCGCAAAGUCUGGGUCCCCAACACCGACUUCGAGGCCGCGGACAACUGGAGCCACAACCGCACCCCGUGCGCCGGCGCCGCCGUGGAGUUCCCGGCGGGCCAGAUGGUGUCCGUCCUGGUGCGAGAGGCUCACAGCGUCUCCAGCAUGCUCCUGCCUCUGGACGGGGAGCUCGUCCUGGCCUCGGGGGCGGGGUUCAGCGCCGCGGACCCUGGCUCGGACCCGGACUGCGGCUCCGGCCCCGCGCGCUUCCUGGACCCGGACCGCUUCUCGUGGCUGGACCCGCGCCUGUGGCGCGCGGGGGACGCGGCGCGCGGCCUCUUCCCGCUGGACGCGGAGCGCGUGCCCUGCCGCCACGACGCCGUGGUCUUCCCCGCGGCCGCCUUCCGCGUGGGCCUGGGCCCCGGCGCCCUGCGCGUGGCCAGCGUCCAGGCUCUGGGCCAGGAGUUCACGCGCGACGAGGACCUGGCCGCCUUCCUGGCGUCCCGCGCCGGCCGCCUGCGCUUCCACGGGCCGGGCGCGCUGAGCGUGCGCCCCGGGGCCUGCGCCGCCCCAUCUGGCUGCGUCUGCGGCAACGAGGAGGUGCAGGCGCGGGUGUGCGCGGCGCUGCUCGGGCCGGCGGGCGGCCGCUGCCCCCGGGCGGCCUGCCAGGACGCGCUGCGGCCCGCGGGGCAGUGCUGCGGCCUCUGCGGCGCCGUCGUGUCGCUGACCCACGGGCCUGCCUUCGACCUGGCGCGGUACCGGGCGCGGCUGCUGCGCGACUUCCUGAGCCAGCCCCAGUUCCAGGCGCUGCAGGCGGCCGUGUCCAAGGUGCCGCGCCCGCUCCCUUCCCGCGAGGCCCGGGGCGCGGAGGCGGACGCGGAGGCGGACGCGGAGAUCCAGGUGGUGCUGGCGGAGCGCGGGCCCCCGGCGGGCGGCGCGGGGCGGCUGGCCCGCGCCCUCCUGGCGGACGCGGCGGAGCACGGGCAGGCCCUCGGGAUCCUGGCGGCCGCCUUCCGGGAGUCCGGCGCGCCCGUCGAGGACGGUUUGCAGCGGCCGGGGUCGCGCGUGGGGCUCGCGAGCGGCUUGGCAGCCGCGCUGUUCCUGCUGCUGCUGCUGCUGCCGGCGGGGGCGCUGUGGCUGUACCGCAAGGGGCGGCUCCGGUGGAGGAGGCGCGACGAGACGCCGCUGGGCUUCCCCAACCCGGUGUUCGACGUGGCCGGCUCCGUGGAGCAGCCCCCGGUACCCGCCCCGAAGGCGGCCGAGAGCGCCAGCCAGAGCUGCUUCGUCAACCCGCUCUUCAACGAGACCCCUACGGACACGGACGCCUGAGGGCGGGCAGCGCGACCCGCCACCCUCCUCCCGCCCUGCGCCCCUGGCCCCCUGGCCGGUGUGUGUGCGGGUCUCAGCCUGGGGGUCCAAUAAAGGGGUUUCUUUCCUGCACCCGC